UGCUCUGCCCUGCUCCCUCUUGCAGGGUUCUCACCUGCCAUUUCUUCCUCACAGAAGUGCAUCAGCAGAGGGGAGCUCCAGGUGUCUCUGUCAUAUCAGCCUGUGGCACAGAGAAUGACAGUGGUGGUCCUCAAAGCCAGGCACUUGCCGAAGAUGGAUAUCACCGGUCUCUCAGAUCCUUAUGUCAAGGUGAACGUCUACUACGGCAGAAAGCGCAUCGCCAAGAAGAAAACCCACGUGAAGAAGUGCACUUUGAACCCCGUCUUCAACGAAUCUUUCAUCUAUGACAUCCCCACUGACCUCCUGCCUGAUAUCAGCAUCGAGUUCCUCGUCAUCGACUUCGAUCGCACUACUAAGAACGAGGUGGUGGGGAGGCUGAUCCUGGGGGCACACAGUGUCACGGCCAGUGGUGCUGAACACUGGAAAGAGGUCUGCGAGAGCCCCCGCAAGCCUGUGACCAAGUGGCACAGUCUGAGCGAGUACUAAUCCUGUUCUUCUCUCCUCUAACCACCCCCCCGGGGCCAGGCUGGGGAGGGAUGUGGCGGGGAAAGAGAUGACAGAGAAGUGGACUCAAAACCUCAUUUUAGUUGUAGAAGAAAAUUUCUUAUAAAACACACUCCACAAAGAACACCCUACAUGACCACAGCUGCAGAUCGGUUCUUAGCAAUGAUGGCUUUUUCUCCUUUGCAAGGCAUAAGGCACCAGAAUUUCUUUCUUUCUUUCUUUCUUUUUUUUUUGAGAUGGAGUUUCGCUCUUGUUGCCCAGGCUGGAGUGCAAUGGCGCAAUCUUGGCUCACUGCAACCUCCACCUCCCAGGUUCAAGUGAUUCUCCUGCCUCAGCCUCCCAAGUAUCUGGGAUUACAGGCACCUGACACCACGCCUGGCUAAUUUUUUGUAUUUUUAGUAGAGAUGGGUUUUCAUCAUGUUGGCCAGGCUAGUCUUGAACUCCAGACCUCAGGUGAUCCACCUGCCUCAGCCUCCCAGAGGACUGGGAUUAUAGGUGUGAGCCACCGCAUCUGGCCUCUUUUCUUUUUUAAUGGGGACAAAAGAGAGGGAAAGACCCCCACAAAUCUAUAUAUAACAAUGUAACCAUAUACUUGCAUGUCUAACAAACUGAAGAAAUUAGCCUAACUGCCAAUAUCAAGUUGCAGAUUUUAAUCCAUGGAAAUUGUGUUUUGUGCCGAAUUGUAUUUGCUGAUUACCUGAAAUUGACUUUUUUUUAACUGGGCUUCUCUGGAGAAUUUCUCCCACCCCCCACCUCUGCAGAAGAAAAUUUUCACUCUUAUAAAACCUCAUGUUUUCAUCAUUGCCAUCUUCCGUUUUUAUUACCUCUUAUAUCUCUGCUCUUUGACUGAGCUCAAGGUCUAGAGGUCUGUAAUAAGCCAAGAAACAAAGGUGGGAUGAAUGAGGCAAGGUUUGCAGGAGAAAGAGGAAUUGAGAAAUGGGGUAUUUUUGCUAUCAGCCCUUCUGCUAUGAAGCAGUAAAGGACAGCCUAUAAUUAACUAACAGACCUAACUGAAGCACAGAGAAUACAUCAGGCUUACGCAUCCGAUACAUCAGAUCUUGGACUCUUAUCAGACUUGAUGACUUCUCUAAAAGGAGCCUUGGAGACUUCAAAUUCAGCUAUAGGAUAGCACCAGUGAACACAUCCAGCUGAUCCUAAAAGUUGUUUUCAGGUAAAAGGACAAGGAGAGGAGACAAGUGAGGACUGCUGUUCCCCUUUGCAGCUAUCUACUGUAGUGACAGCCAUUUCUUGGUUGAUGGGUUGGAAGUCAUCAGAGGUUUGAAGAAUUACAGUGGCCUUUGUUUUUCCAGAAAUGCUGACCAUAGAGAUGCUUUAGCGUCUUCUCAAAUAGCUUAGAUGUUAUAAUGAGGUUAGUUUUGCUUCAUAAAACGGGGAACCUCAGAAAUGAUUCUUUCUCCUUAAAUUUUUAAAUAAAAAUUUAGCUCUUAAAAAAAAAAAAACAGUGUGACUGAGUGAAUGAAGAUAAGUUGGAUUCUUUCAGAGCAUUCUUUUCCUCAAAACAAGCUGCAUAGUUCUUGGGAUUUAUGUCUUUCCACGUGGUAGAGGGAUGGGGGACCUACAGGGUGCAAUUCUACCACCACUGGGCAAUAGAGGUUGAGAGAGAUUCAGCAUCUUUCUGGGAUUAGAAUUCAAGUCUUCUUACUCCUACUGCAGCUGUGUCUCUAAUGUUGAGACUUUUCAGAUGGCAGAGACUCUGUAAUAGGUAAACUUGGGGCCAGGCACAGUGGCUUAGGCCUGUAAUCCCAGCACUUUGAAAGGCUGAACCCAGGAGUUCAAGACCAGCCUCGGCUACAUGGCAAAAUCCCAUCUCUACCAAAAAUACAAAAAAUUAGCUAGGUGUGGUGGUGCAUGCCUGUGGUCCCAGCUACUCAGGAGGCUGAGGUGGGAGGAUCAUUUGAGCCCAGAGGUAGAGGCUGCAGUGAGCCAUGAUCAUCAUACCACUGCACUCUGGCCUGGGUAACAGAGUGAGACCCUGUCUCAAAAAUUGAUUAAUUAAAAUAAAAUAAAAUAGCUAAACUUGGAUAGGCAGUAGAUAUUUUUGCCCAUCUGAGGAGGAACUCAGUCAAGCAGUUGCUUAACAGCUUGAUCCAGGGUGUGAAAGAUGAGUUGAGAUUGAAGUGUCCACUUCCACACAAGAACAUCACUUUGAAGCCUGCUUUGGCGAAGGGCAUUGGAAAGUUGAGUCUCCAUGGAGGUGGGGGUGACCUUGCUUUCAGUGUUCCUUUAGCUUUUGUGGAUUUAAAACCACUCUGCUCCCCCAAAUCCUUUUGUUUGGUUUCAGCCCGUGUUCUUGACAAUGCAGAGCAAUUCUGAGCAGCCACAAAGCCUACGCUCUGUUCUUGUCCCUGCCAACCCUCAUCCUCCAUAAUCUGACUCACUAUUUCACCAUCAGCUGGGGUCACACCACUAGUCUCUGUCCUAUACCCCAUGAAAUGUAAAUACUGUAUCAUAAGUAGAAGAAAAUAAUUUUUGUUUUCUAAAAAUGCAUUUGGAGAUAGUUUAAUGUAAAUCUGACAGGAGCAUUCUGAAGCCCCAUUAGGAAAAAGUUUUAAUGGUUCCUCUUCAUCGCCUUAAUGUCUAAAGAUCAGAAAUCGCUGAGCAAACCUGCUUUUGUUUCCUUCCCAGAAACAAUGCAAAACCACAGGUGGAGAUAGUCUGGUCUUUGCCCUGCUGUGUGUGCCUCUGUAGCUCCUUCCGACAAAUGUCUGGGAAAACAGCCUCACCCCACUCCUCUCUCUUCCCAUUUCCUUGUAGCUUUAUUCCUUGCAUUCUUUGGGUCUACUGAGCAGUGGGUGCUGAGGUGACAGGGGAGGAACCAGUAGUUCUGUAGCCUAGGAACUGCCUCAGUGUCUUUGUCAGAAAAAGGCAAAGAGGUGGACAGUACAGGGCUCCUCCCUCCUACCUCAGGCCUGAUCCCUCGUGCCCUUGACUUUGCUGUCCCAAAGUUUCUUAGCUGACUUUGGUUUUUCACAUCUGUUCUUUCCAGAGCUAGCUGAUAAAGAGUGGAGGAGGAAUGCCUCCUCCUGAGAGUCAGUUGAAAGAAAGACAAGAGAGUCACAUCUUAAUUUUUGCACAAGGCAUUCGUGGUCAGGAACAGGUUAGGGAAUGGUCACUUCUGAUUUUCCAAGAGUUGCUCCUUUUCUGCAGAUAUCUUGAUUCCUUUGGGAAGACAAGAAUUUUUCUUAAUAACCAAGGUCCCUUAAUGAGUUAUUCCUUCUUUGGGGUCAUCUCACUGGAGCACAGCCAAGAUGGGCAUGUUUAUGGACAGUGCUCUAGAUGUGAAAACAGAUAGAACUGGUUUGUGGGACAGGGGCCGCUUGCUCAGGAGAGGGAAUAACGCAGGUCCCUUUUCUCAGAAGACUUGUACUAUGGCCAUGACAGUGACAUUGCCCUCACUAUGAUCCCUCUCCGAAGUGGUUGUCUUUCUUUACCUUGUGUCUUCUCUUGUAAAAAUGAAACUCAAAAAUAAAAUUAAUGUGUCAAAUUUUGAAAAAAAAGAAAAAACUGAAAAAGCUAACAUGAAUUGUGUGAAAUUGCAUACUGCUGUAAUGCUAACCUACGAUAUGUAAUGCUAUCUUGUAUGUUGAAUUUGUUAAUGCACCACGCAAGUGCAAAAUAAAGACUGAUUCACAUUAAAUAGGCA